UGUAAUCAGCGGAAGGCCGGAGGCCAGGCUCUGAAAUAAAUUAGUGAAUGACUGACCAAGGCUAUAGGUCUAUUUUAUAUCCAACGAUUAGGAUCUGCUCUAAAUGAACUACAGAGAAUUCAUUCUUCGAGGAACUAAAAAACAAGUUGUUAAUUUUGAGUUGUUGCUGAAGAUGUUGGCUGUAUCUGGAUGCUGAGGCUAAGCAAACUACCAUACUACAAUAUUUAAUUCAUUAUUUUCAUAGCAUAGUUGGAAAUCGUGAAGAUAAACGCCGAAAACCAUGACAUCGUAUUGGGGAGAAACAAUAACCCGAGAAGCCAAUCUCAUAACGACUGGCAGGACCAAGUACCAAGAAGAUAUCAGAGAUCUUAGGACGGAUAAUCCGCGAUUCAGCAACAUGACAGGUAUUUUCAGACAGUUGGAGAAACUCAAUACUCCUUUGGCGGGAAAAUGGCGAGCGGCCGCGCUGUCCAUCUCGUUUUGUUCCAUUAUUGUAAACAUAAGCCUUGGGGUAAUUUACUUUGUGCUUUCGUACUUGGCUUGGAGUCCAGCAGCUUUUGGCUUUGCGAACGAGAGUCUUUUAAUUCUCACAGCAGCCAGUUUCGUUGCUCUUUUUAUAAUGGCGCACAUCAAAUAUUUAGUGGCAUAUAAAACAGACAGUAUGACCUUGAGGACAGACGCUUUCAACACAACAGCGGGGGGUAUCAUGGCAUUUGCUAUGCUACUGGCUUCGCUACUCUAUGAAAAGUCCAGUGCUAUUUGGUUUUUAGACGCAACGGUGGCCAUAUGCAUUGCGCUUGUUUUUCUCGCCUACGGAACAAGGAUGAUAAUUGAACUUUCUAAAAACAAAGGAACCCCGAUACCCAAUGAAUAAACAAAAUACAACACCCAGUCUGAACCAUAAAAGGAUGGCCUUCUGAAGCAAAGAUUAAGAGGCCCAAACAAACCCUAGGAACAACAUCUAAUACACAAAGGAAUCCAACUGCAAUGACAAGACCUAUCAAACUCUACGUAUAUAUACCAUAUGAUGCCGAGUCCAAGAAACGAACCCGAGAGUGGGGCGAGAGGCGAGUGGUGCUACCUGCUACACAUGCAACCCUUGAUUUCUGAACACAAUACGCGACGAUAAAUGAAAAGAAAGUCUUGAUGGGAAAUACACACCCUUAACGAAUGAACCAUAAAUAGACCCCUACGUACACUUUCAGCCGUCAAACAAUACUGUUGAGAAGAUUGAAAUGGUGCCAAUACAGAUAAGUGAUGUCACCUUCUGAUUGAAAUAGGAAAGCCCUUUGCUUUUGAAUCUUCAAUUUUGAUCAAGUUUUCCUCCAGUAUACUUUUAUAAAAUCAAAGUUAAAAACAAAAGAUUGCUGUUUCAGAAUCAAAAUUUAGUCCCCGCUGCAUGUUGUAUAAAUAUCAAAGAACUGAACUUCAUGAUACUUUUUUAGUCACGAAUAGGACGUUUGCAUGAUGGCGUCAUUUGACUACCACUACCAAGAUGCUUUGCGAAUUUUCUUUCUUAUUUAAAUUUGUAUUCCCUCAUGAGAAUAGUAAGACAAUUGGUGCUAAUUAACUGAACAAAAGAAAGCGUGCAAGGGAGUCUGGUAGUAGAGGUCAAUGAUGCCAUCGUGCAAACGUCCGUGUGAUCCAAAUCUUCAUCGUUGUCAGUCGCAACGUAAUGUUCCGGCUUCAAGAAGCUAGUAAACUGCACGAAAAAAACUAUUUAUCGCAACAACGAAUAAACAAAAGAAACAAAAAAAUAUCUAAAAAGAGAGAAAAACCCUAAAACUUUAAUCUUCAGCAGAAAUCGUUCAAAAAUACAGUAGACAGAAAGUAACUAUGCAUGAUUCGAUCAUAGUCCUUGCUAUAUGUCUCCUAGUGCCGGGGUUGCGACUUUAACUGAUGCAUGUAAUAUAGCCUGAAGGAGUAUAUCUGAGGAAUUCCUCUGUUUUCCUUUAGUUGAUACAAUUUUUAAACGGUCCUCCAUGAAUGAGGAAAAUCACAUUUGCAUGAAGAUAGAAUUAUUUGUCUUUGAGCUAUGUGUCGAAGAAAUAGAAAACGCGCGUGCUACGCGUCGUGUUUCUCCUACACUUCUCUCGUUCUUCGUUCUUCUCUUUAUGACUGCACACAGCACGCGCGCGCGUUUUUUAUUUCUUUUAUAAAAAUACAAAUUACAGGAAUGAAGAAACUGGAAGUGCGGUCGCGUGCUGUGUGCUCUCAUAAACAACCAGAAAGCGAGAUUUGGAACAGUUAUUUUGUAAAUAUGUAUAUAGAUUUGAGAAUAAAAGAAAAGACGCAUG